AACUCUUUAAAAUGUGACACAUGUGGUAAAUACUUUAAAUAUAAGUCAGGAUUGCAGACACACCUGAGAAUCCACACAGGUGAGAAGCCAUAUUCUUGCAGCAGCUGUGGGAAAAGAUUCAGAUACACAUCAGAUUUGAAGACUCAUAUUAGAAUCCACACGGGUGAGAAACCAUUUUCUUGUAAAACAUGUGGGAAAGAUUUCAGUCAGAUGACUAACUUGAAAGUCCACAUGAGAAUCCACACAGGUGAGAAACCAUAUUCUUGUAAAAAAUGUGGGAAAGAUUUCAGUCGGAUGACUCACUUGAAAGUCCACAUGAGAAUCCACACAGAUGAGAAGCCUUAUUCUUGCAAAACAUGUGGAAAAGAUUUCAGUCAGAUGACUCACUUGAAAGACCACAUGAAAAUCCACACAGAUGAGAAGCCUUAUUCUUGCAAUACAUGUGGGAAAGAUUUCAGACGGAGGGGUCACUUGAAAGACCACAUAACAAUCCACACAGGUGAGAGGCCAUAUUCCUGCAAAACAUGUGGAAAAGAUUUCAUAAGGAAUGCUAAGUUGGAAAUUCACAUAAAAAGAGCUCACACCGGAGAAAGGCCGCACCUUUGCAAGAUUUGUGGGAAAGGAUUUGUUAUCCUAUCAGAAUUGAAAGCACACAUGAAAAUCCACACAGAUGAGAGGCCAUUUUCUUGUGAAACAUGUGGGAAAGAUUUCAGUCAGAUGACUCAAUUGAAAGCACACAUGAAAAUCCACACAGAUGAGAAGCCAUUUUCUUGUAAUACAUGUGGGAAAGAUUUCAGACGGAGGGGUCACUUGAAAGACCACAUAAGAAUCCACACAGGUGAGAUACCAUAGUCUUGAAAGACCUGUGGGAACAGAUUUUACAACAUUUCAGCAUUGACAACACACGUAAGAAUUCACACAGGUGAGAGGCCGGAUAACUGUGAAACAUGUGGAAUAGAUUUCAGAACUAGUGGUCACUUAAAAGUCCACAUAAAAAGCCACACUGGUAAGAAGCCGUAGCUUUGCAGGAUCUGCAGUAAAAAGAUAAACUUUUGCGUAUAAUGUGUCACGGCACAGAAGCUCGCAUACAGUGAAGUAGAGGAGAAACGGUAUGAACAUUUCUUAACACGAUUAUAGUGACCAAAGUUAUCAGUAUUAUCAAUAUGCUUAAAAUGAUCAAAAAGUACUGAUAAACACUGAAACCAAGUUUUAUAUUAACGACCACAAAUAAAAUUAACCUUUUAUUCCUUUUGCUUCAGCAUAAAAAUAGCAAACAGCCUUUGGUUGAUGCUGAACAGUAUUUACCGUAAGUUUGUCAAAACGUGUUAAUCAAACACGGUUAUCAUAAUAAUGAAAAUUUGUACAAUAAUACUAACCAUUGGGAAUUUUAUCAUGGUCCAUCCAUAAACUGGUAACCGUUUCAUCCCUUCAGGCAAGUAACUCAAAUCACAAAUUUGAGAAAACACCCAAGGAUCAAUAGACAGGGGAGGGACCAUCUCCUGUAGAGAUGUGUACACUUGUGAAUGAAAUGUAUUUUUGCUAUAGCUAUAUCUUUCAACUGAAUGUAAAAUGUGUUUCUUGAAAUGAGAUGUCCAUGUGUUAGUGUAAAGUUUCCCUUCCUGUGACUGUAUUACUUAUUGUGAGGGAAUUUCUCCUUCAUUAAGGCAAAUAUCACACAGGUUUUCCUAGGUCAUGUCGAGGUCAUUUGCUGAGCUACAGGAAACCGAAGGUGGCAUCCUGUGAGUCUAAAACAGUAGGUCAGACUCUGUCUCUCCUCUCUGUCUGUUUGGUUGACUGUCUGACGCAGCUGCCUUG